CAGCAAAGUGCGCCAGUUCCGCUCUCUUUUGCUUCCUUCGAUCCUCCGCUCUUUGGAUCGUCGUUGUUGCUGUCCUUGUCUUUGGUAGUUUGCGACGGCUUUUCCUUGUCCGUCCUUCUUCUUCUUCUUCUUCUUCCUCCCGUCGUUCCGGUCCUCUCGCGUAUCGUCGUCGAUCUCCUCCUCCUCCGCCGACCUCUUCUCCGAUCACUACCGCCGCCGCCGUCGACACUCCCUCCGGCCUCGACUGAACACCAUCGAAGCCCACCAAUCCCCUCCGUGUGAACACCCCGAAAAAAACGACAACAAAAAUGGCAGUCGGAACCCUCUCCCUCUUCUACCCCGUCAUCCUCCCCCUCUCGACCGCCGGCCUCCUCUAUGCCGUCCACCGCCUCAUGUACGUCGAUUGGGCCACUUGGGCCACCGACUUCUUUACCGGCCCGGGCAGCGUCAGUCGUAUUCUGCUGGUGGUGUAUAUGGGUUUGAGCUGGAAGAAUUUCCCUUUUAUGUGGCAUAUCCGCGUCUUCCACGCCUUCAUCCUCCACCUCCUCCGCCGUCCCCCCACCCCACUCACCCCCCGCUCCCUCUUCCACCCCUCCAUAACCUCUUCCUACACCUCCCCCCUGGAAACCGACUACAACCUCCACAAGUCCAACUCGACUUACUUUGCCGACCUGGACGUCUCCCGCUCCCACCUCGUCACCCACUUGCUCGGUCCCGCCAUGUCCGUCGUCGGCGACAACGCCAAGAAUAAACUUGUCUUGGAUCCCCAGGGAAAUGUCGUCAAAGGUGGUUUUGGUAUUGGACUCGGCGCCGUCUUUUGUUCUUUCAGACGGGAGAUCCCGCCUCUCAAGGGAUACGAGAUGUGGAGUCGCAUUCUGUCUUGGGAUCGCAAGUGGCUGUACAUCGUCACCCAUUACGUCGUCAAGGGCAAGGUCAGGCCUACUAGCUGGGAUGGCAGGAAGUUCGGUCCUACGCGCCCCAAGCUGGUCAGGACUGAGGAUGGAAAGGAGGUUGAGGAGAAGGAUUUCUCAAAGUACGUCUACGCCACCGCCAUCAGCAAGUACGUCUUCAAGCUCGGCCGCUUCACUGUCCACCCUUCCAUUGUCAUCGAGGCCAACGGCUUGCUUCCUGAGCGUCCUGGUGAGGGAUGGCGUGGCGGCGAGACCGGUACCGGCACCUCCGAGGAUCUUGGCGAGAUCAACGAGAACAGCGAGUGGGACUGGAAGCGCGUCGAGUACGAGCGCAGAAAGGGCAUGGAGUAUGCUCACCACUUUGCUGCCUUGGAUGGCGUCAACUCCCUGUUCGACGGUGGCGACGAUGGUGCCAUUGGCAAGUUCCAUCUGGGUUAAACUUAAAAAAAAAAAAAAAA